AAGACAAGUAGACAACAGAAACAGAAAUCAUAACCAAGAAACGACGAAACUAGCCAAACCACAAACCACGCUAGUUUUGUGUUUAAGCUCCUCUUGUUAUUGUUUUAUGUUCAAUAAUUUACUGUUAUAGAAUUUAAGAUUUAGGGAGGUAUUUGAGUCAUCAUGGGCAGACCAGGAUUUUCCCCUAGAGGAGGCGGUGGUAGAGGAUUUGGAGGAGGCCGGGGAGGUGGAGGCCGCGGUGGAGGCGACAGAGGAGGCUUCGGGGGUCGUGGAGGCGGCGGAGGUCGGUUCAGUGGCGGGGGCGGCCGACCCAGCGGGGGUGGCAGAGGAGGCUUUGGUGGUCGCGGUGGUGGCAGAGGAGGUGGCGGAAGGGGUGGACGUGGAGGAGGCGGUGGAAGAGGUGGAAUGAAGGGAGGUAGCAACGUUGUAAUUGAGCCUCAUCGUCAUCCUGGCGUGUUCAUCGCCAGAGGUAAAGAGGAUGCUCUGGUUACAUUGAACAUGGUGCCCGGAGAAGCUGUCUAUGGUGAAAAAAGGAUAAGUGUCGAGGUGAUUAUCAAUCUUAUUACUAUUCUUCAUAUCUAAACUGCAUUGCAUUUU